AUGGCUGGCGAGCUUGUUCUUCUGACGGGAAGUACCGGGCACAUUGGCUAUCGCACUCUCAUCGAGGCACUCUCCCAGGGCUACAAUGUCCGAGCUGCCGUGCGGUCAGAAGCCAAAGCUGCAGAGGUCAAGGCGGCCAAGUCCACGCAGCCAUAUCUGAAACAGCUUACCUUCAUCACCGUUCCCAAUAUUGAGAAGGAAGGUGCCUUCGAUUCAGCAGUCAAGGGCGUCGACUACAUUGUGCAUCUAGCUUCCCCCCUGCCUAAGCCAUCUAAUGACAACGAGGCGAACAUCAUCCAACCGGCUAUCCGUGGCACCUUGAGUAUUCUCUACUCUGCACUCAAGGAGCCCUGCAUCAAGAAAGUUGUUAUUACCUCUUCGGUAACAGCUGUCGCGCCUUCUGAACCGAAGGCCUUCACCGCAGACAAUGUCGAGCCAGAUCCCCAAGGACCAUUUGACAACACUUUUGCGGCAUAUAGUGCAAGCAAGAAAUUGGCGCACAACCGUUCGAGAGAUUUCAUUGCCCAAGAGAAGCCCAACUUUGACAUUAUCAACAUCAUGCCGACGUUUGUCAUUGGAAAGAACGAGCUUGCAACGACUCGCGAAGCCGUCAACGCCGGUUCCAACGCCAUUGCCAUGAUUCCCAUUCUGGGUAUGCAGAACCCUGCUGGAACUCCGGCGAUUACGUGCCAUGUGGACGAUGUUGCCUUGGUCCAUAUCGCAUCCCUGAAGCCUGAGAUCAAAGGGAACCAAAAUUUCGGCGUCAACUAUGUCGGAGAAGCACCAGUUCAGUGGGACGAUGCUAUCGACAUUGUCAAGAAGCACUUUCCCAGUGAAGUGGAGCAAGGUAUCUUCCCGCUUGGUGGCUCCAAUAAGUCAAUUGCAGUGGCAUUCGACGCGAGCAAGACCGAGGAAGUCUUUGGCAUCAAGUUCAAGAGCUUGGAAGACCAGAUUGUCAACCUUGCUGGAUAUUAUGCCGGGCUUGCGUAUUAA